AACAUGCUUUACCUUCAAUGAAAGCUGAGACUGAGGUACGGUUUAUGCUGGACCUGAAAUCAGCGCAGUUCUCCGUCUGCGUUCUUACACCUGAUCCUGUUUUCAUUUACUGAUUCAAUCACAUUUAGACCUGCAACUUAUAAAAAUACAGACACCUUGGAUAACGUAUCUUCCCCUCUUGCUGUAACUGGUGUCAGGGUGAUGGUAUCAUUUUCUUGCAGAGGACUCAGGUGAUGGUAUGUGUUUUUGGAGAUAGGGACCGUUUUAGGAAACGCGUUAUUUUUUCCACGGCUGUUAUUUUUUCGUUUGCUACGUUUCUUUUGCCUCAAGCAUGGCACUCUACUCUCGAUUUGUGAUCGUGCUGCUUUACGGAUGGAGUUAUUUGUGCGUUGGAUUCUGCGCUAUGCUGAAAACGGACAAUAUCCCCGAGAGACGAAAGGUGGAUUUUACGCAUUCAGUGGAUAAAAAGUACACUACAAAGGAAGACCGGGACACGCUUUUACAGGAUACAAUGACGGAGCACAUGCAGAUGCUUUACGCGAAGUACAACAGUGCUGGAUUUCCCUUCAAGGACGGCAACACUGUUCGUAGUUUCAAAGCGCACUGGGGUACUAUAAACAAGAAACAGCUGCAGAUUUUCAACCUCACCUCCCUCACCAAGUCAGAAGACAUCCUGUCGGCUACUCUUCAUUAUUACAUUGGAGACCUUCAGAACAGCACCCAAGGCUGCUCCAAAAGCUGCGCUCGCCACGGUCCCAGGAGGCACAGCCACAUCCACAUGGUCAUCUGGAGUUUUGCCUCUGUGGAUAAUAAGAUGAGGACUUUAGGACAUUUUCGGAUCAAUGUGUCCACCCUCUACAGGGACUUCAUAUCUUGGCAGUGGAAGGACAUAACUCGUGUGGUCAACCAGGCCAAACACCACGAUGAGCUGCUUAUUGGCAUCGAUGUGGCUUCACAAGGCUCCCAGCCAUGGAAGAAGCUCCUGUCAGACCGCUCACCCUACAUCCUGGUCUAUGCCAAUGAUUCUGCCAUUUCAGAGCCUGAAAGUGUGGUAGCCACUCUCCAGAGGCACCACUCAGUGAGAGGUGAGGGCUCCAUUUCACACGGGUUCCACAAACUGGGAUUGCAAGAGCAAAAUGACACCAAACGACAGUCACAGCCCAGACAUAAGCGCUCAGUGAAUGUUCUCCUACCACUGCAAAAUAAUGAACUUCCCGGUCCUGAGUAUCCAUAUGAGACGACUGGCUGGGAUGAGACGAGUCCAUAUGAACCGUUUGAAAACAAACAGGCACGUCGGCCGCGCAAAAAGACACGCAAGAAUCAGCGGCACAAGAUGCCCUUGCUCCAGUUUGAUGAGCAGACAAUUAAAAAGGCGCGAAAGAAGCAGUGGAACGAGCCCAGGAACUGUGCUCGGAGAUACCUGAAAGUUGACUUUGCUGACAUUGGAUGGAGCGAAUGGAUUAUAUCACCCAAGUCGUUUGAUGCCUACUAUUGCUCAGGGUCCUGCCAGUUCCCCAUGCCAAAGGCUCUGAAGCCAUCUAACCACGCCACCAUCCAGAGCAUAGUGCGGGCAGUGGGCGUCGUCCCAGGCAUCCCUGAGCCGUGCUGUGUCCCCGAGAAGAUGUCUUCCCUCAGCAUCCUCUUCUUUGAUGAGGACAAGAACGUGGUGCUGAAGGUCUACCCCAACAUGACGGUGGAUUCCUGCGCCUGUAGAUAGUUUCUUUUUCUUCCCAGGCCUCAUUGCAUACACCUCAUGUCACAAAGAGAAGUUCAAAAAAUAAGAUACAACCAAAAAGAUGCUCCUGCAGUCAUACACUCACUCACAUACAAACAUCAACUGAACGCAACUUCCCUUUUGCACUGGAGGAGAGCAGCAGGCGCUCCAGGUGACGAUGAGACUGUUGCUGGGAAGAAAUGGAUCAUGUGAGUUAUCCUAGUAAAAGAUGUAUUUUAAUGUAUUUAUCAUUGCUGCUCAGUUAUUAGUUGGGCGAUGGCAGGGUGGACGCAAUCACAAACCCACUAUCAAGACAUACAAACAGCAGCUGAGACCGAAAAGAGACAAAAACUGAAGGAAAAUAUUCAUUUUUCAGAAAAACAAAAUCUGCCUAUGAGGGAGGGUGUCGGUCUCGUCUUUCUCUCCUUCAUAGUUUGAAGUUGUCACCACCAGGUCACCUCUGCUCUCACAUGCAUGGUUUUUGUUACUAUGUGUAAGUAUUUAUGUCUGUACUAUCACUGUGUUAUUCACCAUACGAGAAGUUAUUGUAUCAUUUUUUGGCUUGGCUGCUAUAAAGGGUUAUAUUAGAUUCCAAAGCCAGAAUUAUGACGUAGACUUUAGGUUGCCUUACAUGUUUAUGUUUAACUGUUGUUUUUUAGAGUUUAUUAUAGGUGGAAGAGUAAGCUACAUUUUUGUUGAGACAUGUUCAGCUUCAAAAAAAUUAAAAAAGCUUUAUGAGUAAACCUCAUAUGUGAGGCCAAAAGUGCAAAAAUCAGUGAUCAAUGAUCAAUCAGCUGACGGAUGUUUCUGAUAUACUCUUCUGGAAACUGUGGUGUGAGGUCUUGGAGGUGGAGACAGCCAUUCUCUGGAUAAAACAUUUCAGGUGGCGCUUGCUGAACAAGGUAUCUGGCUGCCGUUAAAACCCGGCAGAAGAUGCACAUUUGUAUGCAUCUUCUGCCGGGACCCUUUCUUCUCCUCACCAGUGUUACUGAGGACCAGAAACAGGUGGGGCUCAGCUGGAAGCAUUCGGGGUGAAGACUCGGUGAGGAGCUACAGGACGGCUCGCAGCUCUGAGCACCGAUUGGUGGAUGGUUUGAAAUAAAUGAACCAGCAGCAACUAUCAGGUCAAAACGGUGCAGUAAACUGCCGGCAGCAAAACCAAAGUCACGGUUGUAUGAUUCAGUUAAAUACUCUCCUCCCAAAAUGUUGCACCAUAAAGGAAAACUCCUACAAAUAUGUGCACAAUAAGGCCAGCUGUAUAAACAACAGUGUCAUCUGAACAUCCACAUGGUAGUUUUCUUUUCUUUCCGAAACAGGGCUUCCAGUUGGUGCAGAGCAGUAGUAAAUCUUUCCUUAAUUUAGAGAGAUAAGGGAUGAAGUAUUGAAGGAAAAUAAAGGCAUGAAACAAAGUGUUAACUCCUACUUCAUGCUUACAGGUCUCCCGUGCUCCUAAUUUAUGCUCAGAGAAAUAAUGAUUACACAAAGCUCUUCAUCAGACUGAUCUUAAAAUUUCAGAAUGCCUUUGAAAAGCUGUUUUUUUUAACAAAUAAUAAAUUUAAGCAAAAGUAGAUUUGAGUCAAAAUAAACUGCUGGUCUGGAAUCAGACCUGUUUUCACUGAACAUCACCUUGAAGGUGUCAGAGAGUGAAAUGUGCAGUUAUGACUUACCUGAAGUCCAAAACCUUUGUGCUGUUUUUUUCAGGUCCGAGGAAAAAGUGGUACGUUACCUUUUACAGUACACUGGGUACAGCAUUACAUCUUCUCUGUUUUCACUUAAACCCAGAGUAUGAGCAAUAAGGCCCUUAUUGUGAUAUAUAAUGAUACAGAGUGGAUGCUGCAUAAAUCAUUUGAGGGUGUGUUAUAUGAGUCAGAUCAGCUAUGAACAGCAGCCACACCUGGAAGAACAGUUGCCAUAAUGUUGCCUUGAGUUGUGCGUUAUUGUCACAGUUCAUAAAGCCAAAUAUUUAUUCAGAGCAAAUAGACUUAAUUAAAGCAACUUUUUUUUCUAUACACUUGUACAUUACCUUUGUAUAUAGCUCACUCUACUAUGAUGAUGCCUCUUUGAGAUAGAAGUGCCUUUUGAACGGGUGAAUUUACAAAAACUUUGAUUCAUCGUGAAGCUCAAGUCAAAGCGAGCAUAUUUCUUAUGGUACCGAAGAGUCUACACAUUGAACACAGUACUUAUUCUUUUGUGGAUUUCAUUAUAAAAUGUAUUUCAAACCAUUUUGAUAUUCCAGAGACAUUUAUUUUGUGUCAUUACCUGAGGGCAGAUUGUGUAACUUUAUAUAUUUUGUACUGACACAUUUUAUGCCGAGACAGAUUUUAGAAAUGCAUGUUGUAGAACGAAGGCUUCCUCUGUUCGUGCCAGUUUAACUUUGCAGAUAUGAUGACUGCUGACGCGUCACUUUUUCUGCAUUUGAGGCGACUCGGGUCCAAUCUUUCUGAGUAUGAAUCAGUCAUAUUCAGUGCAGUGUCGGCCAUUUAUAGGAACUUAUUCAACUUCACCGUUUCUCAUCUUGUAAAUGUUAUGCUGUAGGUAAAAACAAUGCCUGUACAAUAAGCUUCAUGAAAUAUAUUUGUAUAUGGAAAAGGCCUUUAACAUACAUCUAUUUAUUUUCUCUAUGUUGCAUAUCUUGUAACGGUGUGGUCUGGGAAAGGGGGACUGAAGCUCUGAAGUGUCGAUGGUCUUUAUAUCUGUGAUGGACUUUUGUCACGACUGACUGACUGAAGGUCUCCCUCCUCUGAGCUUGGACCCUCCUUCCAAAGCAUUCAAAGAAAUGAAUAAAAGUAUGC